UGAUUUUUGUCUGAAUGAAUGGAUCCGUAUGUGAUGCUGUCAGGCAUGCUUCAGCUGCUGACUUUCAACUGCGCUUGAUUGUACCUGAGAAAACCCGUGGAUGGUGAGGCAGAGGAUCAGCCUGUAAACUCGCCUGUUGCAGCCUCCGACACAGAGUAACCCAGAGGAUCACAGGGAGCGCUGAUCACCCGAGUCUGUUAUUCUGUUCCUACCGUGGAGGUUCCACCGCUCCAGCCCCCUUCGUCAGGUCCAUCAGAGCCGGAGCAGGGCAGAGCAGGCGGGGAGGGGAGCGCGACCGAGCGACCGCCUCUCCCAGCGCUUCUCCUGGCUCUUUCUCAUCCUGUCUUUAUUUCUCGAAAACUGCCUCUCCUUGAACACGCUCCUACCUCGACCUAUGUGGGAUCCCUGAGAGCGCAGCCAGGCGGGGGAGAAACUGGAUCAAAGCUCCCUCGGAUAAUCUCCCCCAUCCACACCUUCACGCACGCAGCCUCGUUUCACCGUGGCAAGAGACCACUUUCCUGCCGGGGCCCCGAAACCGACAUGCCGCGGAGGAAGCAGCAGGCGCCGCGGCGCGCCGCAGCUUAUGUCCCUGAUGAUGAGAAGGAAGUAGCCUUGUUGGAUGAAGACCUUGAUGGAGAAGACUCUGCUCAAGAAGGGGAAGAGCCUGCAAACAAGCUCCUUUGUCAGGACAAGGAUUUUCUUUUCAAGGACAGAUCAGAAUCUGCUGGCAUCCAUGACUCCCCCAAUGCAGUCGAUAUUUCUGGUCAGGAUCUGGACAGCGAGUCUCACCUGAGUGAAUCAUCUGACAGAAUGUCUGAUUUUGAAAGCUCCUCACUGAAAAAUGAGGAUGAUAUCCUCCUUUCUAAAGACCUUUCAAAUGAACUGUCCCCCUCCUCCUCUUCAGCCAUGAUGGUUGCAACCAAUGCUGCUGCCACAGUAAGUGGAGAUGAGGCCAUAAUGGCUGCAACAAGUUCUGUGGCUGACAGCCUUGAGAAAAUGAAGGCAAUUUACACUUCCUUUCUGAGCAAUUCCUAUUGGUCGACACUAAAUCUGAACCUGACUCAGCCACCUGCAGAAAAACCCCCUCGCAGUCAUAGUAGCAGCAGUAGUAGCAGCAGCAGCAGUAGCUGUGGUAGUGGAGGUUAUGACUGGCAUCAGUCCGCAGUGGCUAAAAGUCUCCAGCAGGCUUCCCAAAACCACCACAACAGACUGAGUUUAGUGCAACACCCCACAGUAGCUGUAACAACAGCUUCUACAGAGCCCAACCUCUUUAGCACUGUUCAGCUUUAUCGGCAAAGCUCUAAGCUUUACGGCUCUAUAUUCACUGGAGCCAGCAAAUUUCGUUGUAAGGACUGCAGCGCUGCGUACGACACUCUAGUGGAGCUUACUGUACACAUGAAUGAAACAGGCCACUAUCGAGAUGAUAACCAUGAGACAGAUAGUGAGGGAGCUAAACGCUGGUCAAAACCCAGGAAACGCUCCUUACUUGAGAUGGAAGGGAAGGAAGAUGCACAAAAAGUACUCAAGUGUAUGUACUGUGGACACUCCUUUGAAUCCCUCCAGGAUCUCAGUGUUCACAUGAUCAAAACAAAACACUACCAGAAAGUGCCUCUGAAAGAACCUGUUACACCAGUAGCUGCCAAGAUUAUCUCCUCUGCUCGAAAAAGAGUCCCAGUUGACCUGGACCUUCCCAGUUCACCUGACUCAAAUGGAGGCACCACACCUAAGACCACCUCCUUCAAUGACACGAAUGACAUACUGCAAAAGAUUAGCAACCCCUACAUUACACCUAACAAUCGCUAUGGACACCAAAAUGGUGCCAGCUAUGCCUGGCAGUUUGAAUCCAGGAAGUCACAAAUCCUCAAAUGCAUGGAGUGUGGCAGCUCUCAUGAUUCACUGCAGGAACUAACUGCUCAUAUGAUGGUGACAGGGCACUUUAUUAAAGUUACCAAUUCUGCUAUAAAGAAGGGCAAACCAAUUAUAGAGUCCCAGGCCCCCACAUCCAACUCAACAGUUGAAGAAAAGGUGCAGUCAGUUCCCCUGGCUGCCACAACUUUCUCCUCUCCACCUGCCCCUGUGCCUCCUCCAACUAGCAUCUCACCCAUGGCAAUGGUUGUGGAAAUAAAAAAGGAGGAGAAGGAAGAAGAAUAUACUCAAGAGUCCAGUAUUAACAAUGCCAAUAACCACAACAAAGAUAACAGAAGGAGAACAGAAGCGGAAGAGGAAGCUGAAGAGAAGUUUGAUAUUUCUUCAAAAUACACCUAUUUGACUGAAGAGGAUCUGGAUGAAAGUCCAAAGGGGGGUCUUGACAUCCUCAAGUCCUUAGAGAACACAGUGACCUCAGCAAUCAACAAAGCCCAGAAUGGGGCUCCAAGCUGGGGUGGAUACCCCAGCAUCCAUGCAGCCUACCAGCUCCCAAACAUAAUGAAGCUCUCCCUUGGCAACUCUGGAAAGAGCUCACCCCUUAAAUAUAUGUUUCCUGGAGGGGAGAUUCUCUCUCCUACAAGUAAGAGUCAACCAUUGAUUUCCCCACCCAGCUGUCAAACUUCUCCAAUGCCUAAAAACAACUUUCAAGCAAUGGAAGAGCUAGUUAAAAAAGUGACAGAGAAAGUAGCAAAGGUAGAGGAGAAAAUGAGAGACCCCAGUAUGAUUGUGAGUGAUUUACCUCUGAGGCGAACCACACCCUCACCUUGCACCAGCGAGACAGAAGACCUAACCCGAGGAGAUUCACCCAAAAGAAGCGUAGCAGGAGACUGUAAAACUCCUGAAAAUGCAAGUGUUGGGGAAACAGUAUCAGAUGGAAAUGGAACAAAUCAAAAAGAUUCCAGUAGUAAUAUUUCCACAAAGGAGUCUGGGGAGAAUGGAGUGCAGUCCACUUCUGUAACACCCCCACUGCCUGCCUCUUUCUGUGGCAGCACAGCCAUUAUCACAGAUCAUCCACCUCCCGAACAGCCGUUUGUGAACCCUCUUAGUGCUUUGCAGUCAGUAAUGAACGUUCACCUGGGGAAGGCAGCUAAGCCCGCCCUGCCCACACUUGACCCCAUGAGCAUGUUGUUCAAGAUGAGCAACAGCCUAGCAGAAAAAGCAGCUGUGGCUUCCUCCACCCCACCAGCACACACCAAAAAGGCUAAUAAUGACCAUUUUGAUCGCUGCUUCUACCAGCAACAUCUAAACAAUGACCAACCUAUAGAUCUCACCAAAGGUAAAAAUGCUGAUAAGGGCAGUAAUGUUGGUUCUUUGGGUUCAACUACAAUUUCUUCUACCAACUCCACCCCAUCAAUUUCCCCCUCUUCUGCUGUCACUAUGACAAAAGCCUCCGCUACAGUGGCUUCCUUCCUUUCUACCUCGCCUUUGAGAGAAAAUGCCCUGUCAGAUAUCUCCGACAUGCUAAGAAACCUGACAGAAAGCCAAGCUCUGUCCAAGUCCUCGACGCCGACCAGUCUGUCUGAACGCUCCGACAUUGAAGGUGCCACACAAGAAGAAAUCGAAGAUGUUUCACCUGCUCAGAAGCGCAAAGGUCGCCAGUCCAACUGGAACCCUCAACACCUCCUUAUAUUACAAGCCCAGUUUGCUUCCAGUUUAAGACAAACAAAUGAUGGCAAAUACAUGAUGUCUGACCUGAGCCCACAGGACAGAAUGCACAUCUCCCGUUUCACAGGCUUGUCAAUGACUACAAUAUCUCACUGGCUGGCUAAUGUUAAGUAUCAGUUGAGAAGAACUGGUGGCACCAAGUUCUUAAAAAACUUGGAUUCAGGCCACCCAGUGUUCUUCUGCAGUGACUGUGCUUCGCAGAUUCGCUCACCAUCCACCUAUGUCAGCCACCUGGAGUCCCAUUUAGGCUUUCGUCUUCGAGACCUGGCUAAACUUUCCGGGGAGCAGUUGCUCAGUCAGAUAUCGCAACAUCAUCAUCGCCACACUAAAGGACUUUCCGAAAAACUGUUCUCUAAUCUUCACCCAUCCACCAACCUGCUAUCAUCUUUCCUUCCAACCUCCAUACCAGCAUCAUUACCAAUCUCACUCUCCUCUUCCUUAACAACUUCUCUGCCAUCAACUGAAUCUCCAUCUUCCUCUCCUGAUGAUGAUGAUAGUGGCGCAGUCCACCAGUGCAAGCUCUGCAACCGGACAUUUGCGAGUAAGCAUGCGGUUAAACUUCAUCUGAGCAAGACGCAUGGAAAAUCCCCCGAGGACCAUCUGAUGUAUGUCUGUGAGCUGGAGAAACAGUAGCACUGAACAAUGCAAGACUUUUAUAAUACAGCUGACUUUCCUGCUGUGCCACUCUUUAGCCUUUGACAGACAUUAAAAAGGAUUAUAAAGAGAAAACCCUGAUGAAACUGCACAAAGAUGCCAUUAAACUACUGCUAAGAGUGUUGGCACAUUGUUUUUAACUUGUGUUUGAGCUUUUUUGUUAUUUGGUUUUUUAUAGUUACAUGUGAGGAAGACCUAUUUCAGGCAAAAUCUAUUGAUUUUAACAGUCUUCUCUGACUAAAGUAGAUUCAUACUUGAAGCAUUUUUUUUAAUUAAAAAGAUAAAGUUAAAUGAAGGUAUAAAGGAAAUUCUAAAAUAGUGUGAUGAGUUUCUCUGUUUAAUAGAAAUUAGGGUUACUGAUAUUUUGGCUAAGCUGCAUGCAUAUCAAUAGACAAUUUUGUUAAUAUUUUAUAAAAACAUCUGGUGCAAUUUCUAUGCUUUGUUUUUUCACACCUGAUUGCUUCAUUUAUCCAUUACUCAGCAUUUAAAAUGUUACCUUAUGGGUACUUCUAAGCAUAAAAAUUACUGUACAUUGUUUUUGCAUUGCUUUUUUUCUGCUGUGGUGAGUCUAAUCCCAAACAUAAAAGCAUAAUGAAAAGGUUCUUGUAUAAGUGCAGGAACAUCACCCUGAGCUUCAUGUUUUGACUGGAAAAUGUUCACAGGUCUUAACACAAACAUUGUAUGGAGAAAAAAGAAAAUUUUAUAUUUUCCUUUGAUUGAUCAGGGACCUAUAUUAUUCAGGUCUGUGUAAAUAUAGUAAAUAAAAACAUCCAAUUAUUUCCUGUUUAAAUUAUGCAUCAUUUCUAUAUUUUUUAAGUUAAAAUGAUUAUGACUAUUUGCUGGUGCACACUAUAUGAAGACAUAAACUUGUUUUGCACAAUAGUUUUAUAAAUGUGUUAUGUAACUGAAAAUACAAAAAAGGGAGGUAAAAGUGCAAAUCUUUUUAUUCUGGGCUGAUGCUCAGUUAAAAAAUUUCUUUUAAAAAAUCUGAAUCUGCUCCACACAUGCCCCUUUAUGAACACUCAAAAUAUAAAAGGUUGUACAAAAAGAUGUUACGUUAUGAAUAUAUUUCCUGUGUAACCUGUUAUUUAAAAGCACUAUUGGUCGUUUCAUAUUGUUGAAUGCCUAUUUGAUUGGUCCUAUUUUUAUUUUUAUUUUUUGUUCUGUCUAAUUAUUCUGCUGUGAUUCCACACUGCAGCCUUAUCAUUUUGGGAAAUGAAAGGUAACUAUGGUUACACUAACCUCUUGACUGACAAGUUCUGCUACAUUUUUGGCAGUUCAUUUGCUGAAGUAACUGACAUCUGCCAGAUAAAUAAUAAUAAUAAUAUAAAAAAAGUACUUAUGUGUAAAAUAUCGGCAUGUAAACAGCACAGACACUGUAAUGCAUUCUGUGCUGUUUGUCUUUUUUUCAUUUCAUUUAAUGGUUUUCUGUUGUUGUUGUUCUUGACAAUGAAUCCCCAUUAUAUGACUUCGUAUAACCUUGUUUUUUACUGCAGCAUUAAAAAACGAAACAGUUUUUUGCAA